AUGGCUAAUGUUAAUAGUGUAUCGCAGUCUAAGGGUGCUCUGGCUGCCGUAAUCGAGCAACUACCGGAUGGAGUCACCUGUCGAGCGGGGCUCAUGAAGCCUCAAGUAGCUAGGCGUCUAGUGAAGGAAUACAAUGAUGACGGCACGAGUAGUGUUUUUGAAUCUGUGCCUGAGGCAGUGCUCGUCGACUUGCCGUUCCGCAAACUCGUUUUUGAGUCCAGGGUACUGCAACGACUGUAUUACGGAAUGGACACAUCAGAUGAUCCUUCCUACGCGAAACGGCAUAUAUCGCAAAACAAUCUACUGUUGUUGGACCCUAUUAGACUAGGUGCGUGCAUCAACAAACGGCUGGAUUCGUUUUUCAAGAUGGUCAGCUUAGGGAUAGGUGAGAAGAUACGAAAGUUGUUAGCCCGGUCAACGCACCCUUGGUUGGAUGACGAUUUUCUGUACGGGUUGGAGGACCUGCAACUGGAACUGGUCCAGCUGAGGUCAAGAGUCGAAACAUGCGAAAGCUCCGCUGAUAGUGCGGAGGAUGUGGCGAAUACUAUAGGGGAAGCCUGUAGCGACGUCCUCACUAUUGCUCAUAAAUUUGAUGACGACUGGGGAAGGGUACAGGAAACCAGCUCUACGAUCAAAAGAAUGUGUAACUAUCUAUCGCAACAAAUCGCAGAAGUAAGGAAUCUGUUCAUACCUACCGCUGGUAGCACGAACAGGAUGGAUGCGAAUGCAUCCGCUAAGGACAGUGAUAGAACCAAGGCGAUCAAGCUGUUUGAAAUCUCUGAUAGGAUCGCUGUUUUCGUAUUAAGAACGGCAUUCGAUCUCAGUGUCGCGAAGAUGAAGGUGAUGGAGAGACGUGCUGAGCUGUGCCAGAAACCCGGAGCCUUUUCCAUCCUGGAGGCAGAGGUGUUCAAGCAUGGUAUACGGACGGCCGAAUAUGCUCACGAUGACAUUAUGCAGAUGCUGUUACUGUCACACUGCGUGGAAUCAUACGCUGUCAGGGAGUGGUGUGCUCGUUAUUUUAUCGAAACAAGAUUGCCACUGCUAGGAGGGAUGCGUAAUAGGUUUAACUUAUCUGGUGACAGCGGAACGGCGAAGGAGGAGUCGUCACCGUUCUUUAUAACCGCCGGUGCUGUAUCUCCAGACGUUAGCGACUUUGCAACGCUAAUACCAACGAGUUUGAGUGACUACAUUCGUGAAAUGAUCGAAAAGAAUUAA